CUAGAACCAGGCUACCUUGCCAGGGCAUGGAAGUCGUUCCGUUUUGUCGUCGGAGGAUGGAGGGGCAAUUUGCUGGUUGAUAAAUGCCAAAAAUCUAUUAAUACGUCCCUACCCUCACCCCCUUUCAGCUGUAUCCAUCUUUGCUUGUGCUCGAUUCUUCUCUUCUCUUCACGCGGGUCUGAAAGUGGUUCACAUACGUCGGUCACGGCUUGUACGGAUCUCAUCAUGGAGUGGCUUGGACACGCAGAACUCAACUUCACUCAUGCGCCUUCACCACGAAAGGUGCAAGAGAAAGAUGGCAAUGUCACCGAUCUCUUAUCCAUCUGCGAAAAGGCAACACCGCCAUGCCGACUGAACCCACUGCUCUUCAAUGGCCACCUGCAGACGAUGUGGACAGCGACCAAGCCUGCUGGACCCAAGAUUUACUAUAAGCGCAAGAUUUUUGACGCUGACCACAAGAUCUACCAUGGAACGUUCGCUGUGGACUUUGCUGUUGAGCCUUUUGAGGCCCCUGAGGACCCUUCAUUGUCUCGACGAACAGCAUACUUCACCCCGGAAGAGUUUGAGCAUAUCGGGUCAGACGACCACAAGCCCAUGCUUGUUGUUCUGCAUGGUCUUUCAGGUGGUUCUCACGAGAUCUACCUUCGACAUACUAUUGCGCCAUUGAUUGGCGAGGGCGGCUGGGAAGUCUGCGUUGUUAACUCGCGAGGUUGUGCGCGCAGCAAGAUCACCAGUGGUGUCUUGUACAACGCUCGAGCGACAUGGGAUAUUCGUCAGACAAUAAAAUGGUUACAGAAAACUUUCCCUAACCGACCUUUGUUCGGCCUAGGGUUCUCUCUCGGAGCGAACAUGCUCACAAACUAUUGUGGCGAGGAGGGUCCCAACUGUGUCCUCAAAGGAGCAGUUGUAUGCAGCAACCCAUUCAAUCUAGAAGUUUCCAGCAAGAUCCUACAGAACAGCUACAUCGGCAAAGAAGUUUAUCUUCGAGUCAUGGGGAGUGCUUUGAAGGAACUCGCUGCCACACAUAGAACUGAGUUGGAAAAGUACAGCAAAAUCGAUGUCGAGGCCGUGAUGAACAUCACGUAUCUCUAUGAGUUUGAUCGCCUCAUCCAAUGUCCUUCUUGGGGGUAUCCGACGGAGAGUGCAUACUACCGCGAUGCUUCAUCGGUGGAUUCCAUUCUUUCCAUUGAGAUUCCUUUCCUGGCUGUCCACUCAACUGAUGAUCCGAUUGCUGUUAAGGAAGCUAUUCCCUAUGAAGAAUUCAAACAGAAUCCCAACACUGUCCUUCUCACCUCUAGCCUGGGAGGACAUCUGUGCUGGUUUGAAACCUCGGGCGAUCGUUGGUUUACAAAACCUGUUGCCAACUUCUUAAAUCAUCUUGCUUUCAAGACUGAUCUCAAUGAUCUCAGGCCUCUCGUCAACCCCAACAACAAUGAUCAUUUAGCCGACGGACAUGGCUACAUCCCCAUGCGACGCAAGCUGGUCAUUGUGGAAGACUAAGCUGCCGACUUGACACAAAGUCAACCCAUUCCAAAGAACUCUAAGAAAGGCCCCUCGACGCAGUCGAUGACCACAAGUAGAUUAGCACAGUAUAGACAUUUAUAGAAGCGCGUUUAUAGAUCAUAGAUUUGACACAGA